AUGAGCUCUCAGGCACGUCCCUCUUUCUUCUGCACGCGUCCCAAUGGAGUCCUCACCCCUCUAGUUGCGGUAGAUGACCUUCCUUCUCACAUCAUCAUCCGUGGAGUCUCCCGUACUCUCACUGCCGGUGAUACUCAAGGCAUGACUAGUUGUGGUGUUGCAGCACCUCGUUCCGAGCCAUGGACUAUUGACGGAACUGUUCCUCCCGUUCAAGGUGUUGCGAACGAGGAUGACCUUGCUGAAUUGCAGGCUGUGUUGCUGAAGAUCAUGGCAGAUGACAAUAUUGCCUCUCAUCUUCGCCUAUCCAUCAAGGACAUCCUGUACCGGGGCUUGAACUCUUCCUGGGCUAUUGAGGGGCCCACUGUCAACCCUAUGACGGCAAUUCAGUCGAAUAUCCCUGGCUACUAUGGAAAUAAUGGCAGCCACAAACAUCAGGCUUAUAACAGCAAGAAGGAGUAUUGCUCUUAUUGGAUUCGUCAUGGCGAAUGUGACUACCAGCAGCAGGGCUGUCUCUACAAGCAUGAGAUGCCAACCGACCCUGCGAUGCUCGAGAAGCUUGGUCUCCGUGAUAUUCCUCGUUGGUACCGCGAGAAGUUCAAUGUGGCCAGCCUGCUGCAGCCCACUUUUGGAACUUCACGUACUCAGCUUCAACUGCCUCCUCCCGUUGAACAGUCUGCUCUUAAGGCCAUCCAGUAUCCUGUUUCAACCAACACUGCCAUUGCCACUAACAGCAACAAUCACAACCCUCAUGCCCACCGCAACAAUCGCUACAAGUCUCCUCGUGGUGCUGGCUUUGGUGCGGGUAAACCCCGUCGCAACUCGAGCUGGAAUAGAAAUGGACAGCGCAGUACCCUGGCUCAGACUGUCACCACAAACAGCAACGAAACUCCCGAGACUUCCACAGCAUCCCCUUCUGCCAGCGAGAAUUCUUUUUCCAUGUCAGAGGGUGUGAAGCUUGAUAUCAUGUCAGUCAACUACCGUGACGAUGCUCCCAUCUCUGCCCCCGGCGCUCAGACUUCCGGCACCUGUGGUCACAACCCUAUCCAAAUUGGUACAUCGCAGCAUAUUCUGGACAAGGAUGGUAUGGCCCAUGAGACUACCAUGGCUGAUCGGCUUCUGAACCUGACUCUCAAAGACUUCAGCUGUGCCAUGGACAAGACCGCGGAGAAGAGUACCUUCCGUACCAAGUCCCGUCGACUCUUUGACUUUGGAUCCGAUGGUGGAGUGAAGCUUCCUCGAGAGGAGAAGAAUGCCUCUGCCUUUGAUCUGGUCAAUGGGAAUCUUAGCAGUGGCUCCCACCAUCUCAAGCCAACCAUGCCUAGCUCUACUGCCAACAAGGAUACUGCCGUCAUCCCCCCGGUUGUGAACUCGGCUAUCCGCGAGCUUGUAGAGACAAGCGACCCAAUUCGUCGUGAUGAGGUCCUUCUCAACUGGGGCCCCAUUGGCGAGCCUGUUCAGCGUCCGACUUGCGGUAUCUUCAGCGAGUCUUGGAUCCACCCCGAUAUGCAUUACCCUCUUGAGCCUGUUGAGCGUCCCCAAUCUGUUCAGACCAGCAUCCAUGAUGAUGCUCACUUCAACUCAAAAUCCGAUGCCCGUUAG